UACAAUAAACAUAUGUUUAGAGAAAUUCAUCAACAAAUAGUUAACAAUGGAUGAACAUGACAUUCCUAUUGAUAUUAACACGACAAAAUUACUGGACUGGCUUACAUCCAGGCGACAUGUGAACAAAGAUUGGCAGGUUAACAUUUUAAAAGUAAGAGAAAAAAUAAACAGUGCCAUACAAGAUAUGCCAGCUCAUGAAGGCAUUAUAAAGUUACUUUCCGGACAACACAUUAACUACUUUCAUUGCCUGAAAAUCGUGGAUAUCCUCAAGGAAACUGAAGCGGAUACUAAAAACUUAUUUGGUAGAUAUGGUUCUCAGCGGAUGAAAGAUUGGCAGGAUAUUAUUUCUAGUUACCAAAAGGAUAAUCUAUAUUUGGCUGAGGCAGCACAGAUGUUGAUCAGAAAUGUAAGUUACGAGAUUCCUGGUUUGAAGAAACAAGUUGCCAAAAUUGAGCAGUCGCAAUUGGAGUGUGAGAAAAAACUUAAGGAUUAUGGAAAAGUUGAAACAACCGCCUUAAAAGAAUUUAAUGUGGCUUGUGAGCAGUUGGGGAUACCUGGAGAUGAGAUUAAGAUGGAAUUAUUGGGGUUAUUGAAGGAGUUACCAAAAAUAUACAAGGAUACUUCAGAGAGGAUUAAAAUUGUACAAUCUGCUAUUGAGUUGUACACUGAGUUUUCCAAGUUUUUGUCUGGGAAAGAUAGAGAUGUGGAGAUGUUGUCAGCACUUAAAUACCUUGUUGAAAAAGGUAAUACAACUACCUAUGAGUAUACAUAUGGUGAAAAACCUGUAAAAAUUGAAGAGGAAGAAUUAAUUAUCAAAGACAAGGCACCAGAAAAGGAAAAUAAGAAUGUAAUUGAUUUUGGUGAUAUUGACUUUGGUGACAAUGGAAAUGAAAUUGACUUUGGUGAUAUUGACACUAACACAAUUGAUUUUGGUACCACUGAGGCAGACAUUGAUUGGGGAACUCUCAAUAAUGAUGAAGGAUUUGAAAUGGUAAACCACCUUGAUGUUGAUAUUAAUCUGGAAGAAUCUGGAAUUGUGGUGGAAAAAUCUGGAUUAGAUGGUGGGAUUGCCAGAGGAGAUGAAGCCUUGACUAUCCUGGAUAACCCAAAAACAAGGGAACAAAUAAUAAACAACCUGAUGGAAAUUUUGGCUUUCCUAAAAAUCAGACUCUAUGAAAUGGCGAGUGACUCAGAUUUAUUGCAGGAUGCCCCAGCUGUCCUUCAAAUGCAAACAAUUGAAAGUAUUACAUCCCUAAUUGAUUGUGUAAAUGUGGCUUUGGAUCAGCUAACAAAUAAAAGAAUACAGCAUUUACACAACAUAAAACAUUCCUCCAAAUAUGUGGACAUUCUUACAGCAAGUCUAAAGCAAAAGUUAUCCAUUGUAGAUAGAAUGAAGGUAAAUAAAAAACUCGUCGAGAAAAAAAUCGUUGGGUUACAAGAAGAAAAAAGCAAUCUACAGCCUGUUAUCAAGGUUUUAAUUGAGAAAACUAAGGAAUUGCAAAAGGAUGUUCAAGAAGAUAUCUCAAAAAAAUACAAAGGCAGGGUUGUUAAUAUUAUUGGUGGUGUCAAUUUAUUAUAAUUUUUAUUGUUAUUUGAAUUUGUAUAAAUUUUAUUGUAUUUAAUGUAUUAAAG